AUGUCCUAUAAAACCGAGACAGAGAAUUCAAAGGGAGAGGAGAGAGCGAAAAGCACAACUUUAACAUCCGCCUCGACCUCCGGCCAGCGGAGGCGGCAGACAUCUGCUACAUCCGAGUCAAGCCUCAGGACCAGGAGAGAAAUAGCCGCCAAAGUUACUGAUGCCGACUUCAUGGAGGCAGUUCUAGAGUCAUAUGGAAUUAUGAUCCAGAACAAGGGUGUAAAUAAAGACCUGUGCAAGCACUUUCGUAUCCAGGAGCUACCGCACGAUCCCAAACGCCGCCUCGAUGCAUACAAAGAGAUUUUCGCGCUCGACAGCUGGCUAGAACCGGAGAUUGAGCGAAUCCAACGGGAGUACAAGGCUAUGAGGCUAUAUGGGUGCAACGAGGCUGAGCAUUCGGCAUACGCCUUGCGAGACAUAUUCCUUGACGAACCUCGGUAUCCAUGGUCCACGGAGGAAGAUAGCGAUCAGUGCUGGCUACCGGUCCGUAUGCUGCAACUUGUUCGGAAGCUGCCACAGGAUGAAUGGCUCGCCCCUCCACUUAUUGGUUUGCUCAACAAAAGAUACGAGUGGGACAUUCGUCCAGACUGUGCGUAUCACGUCUCCCUCCAGGCGUUCCAACCCGGCUUUCGUCCCAGCGUCCGAAAGCAUGUUUCUGUGGUGCAAAUGCGAGCCUUCUGCCCUUAUCUGACCAUCGAAUUCAAGAAGGACGAUGAAACUCUCGCUACGGCCCGUCAUCAGGUUGCUGUCGCUUCGGCAAUGGAAUUGUAUAACCAUUAUCGUUUAAAGAACUACGCACUUCAUAUGAGUGGAGAACGGUGGUCAGAGGAGGAUAAGAGCCAGAUGCGGCACUACGGCAUUACAUUCACUGGGUCAACUUGGGACUUGUGGUGCACAGUACCGAGGACCUUUGAAACAUGGACUGGCUGUGAGAUGUCCACGAUAUAUUCUGGGGACUGCUGCAUCCGUGCAGGCGUCCAAAAGCUGGUGAGUAUCGUCAACGACAUUCAUUACUGGGGGCUGGCGAUCCAUGGUCGAUCAUGUAAGGCUGAUAUUGCGGCCAAAAUCCGCUCGGAUCUCGAUGCAGACACCGAUCAUAUCAGUUUUUCUUAA